GGGUGGCCUCUUCUCCGGCUCCAGCUCCAGCUCCCGGUGGGCCGGCACAGCAUGGGGCGAGGGGGAACAGAUGGGGGGGUGCAGAGCUAGACUCCCUCCUUCCCCCCUCCCCCCGCUCCCGGACCCAGGCUCCGGGAGCCGCCCUUCAUCCCGCGCCCUUCAUCUCACGCCCUUCAUCCAUCCCGGAUGAUCCCAUCCCCAGAGCGGGCAGGGGAGGAGCCCCGGGCCCUCGAGAAGGCGCCCCCCGUGCUUUCUCCCUGCCCUCUCCCCCCCACCCCGAAGCCCUGAGGCCUCACAGGAGGCGGGGGCGUGGCCGCCGAGCACCGACUUUCCCUCGGGAUCCCUUUCAGGCCGAUUGUCUCCGUGGAAAAGGAGGAGCUGCCGCGGCUAAGAGGUUAAAGAAUGAAGACGGUGGGCCGACUCUUUUCGAUCCCACUGUGCCUCUUGGUUCUCAUCGUCUUGUAUGUGCUCUUCUGCAAUCAGUCGUGUAUGCAGCUGUGUUGGAAGGCAUGCCUAGCCUCAAGUCAACCUCGAGCGAGACUCUGGCCCACAGUUCCUGGCCCCCUGCACUUUCAGGGUUACAGCAGUGUGCCCGAUGGCAAGCCUCUGGUCCACAGCCUGUGUCGUCGCUGUGCCCUGGUAUCUAGCUCUGGUCAGAUGCUCGGCUCUCGCUGGGGACCGGAGAUUGAUGGAACGGAAUGUGUGCUGCGCAUGAACCAGGCACCCACGGCGGGCUACGAGGCAGAUGUGGGGCACCGGAGCACCUUACGCAUGGUGUCCCACACCAGCGUUCCCCUGUUGCUACGCAACCAGUCCUACUUCUUCCAGCAAGCAAAGGACACUGUGUACGUGGUCUGGGGUCCUGGGAAGCGCAUGAACCGGGACCAGGGUGGCUCCACCUACCGAACCCUGCUGAAAGUCAAGGAGAUGUACCCUGGGCUGCAGAUCUACACCCUCACUGACCGCAUGAUGGCCUACUGUGAUGAGGUUUUCCAGAAUGAGACCGGCAAGAACCGAAUGAAGUCGGGCUCCUUCCUGAGCACGGGGUGGUUCACCAUGAUCCUAGCCAUGGAGCUGUGUGAGGAGAUUGUAGUCUAUGGCAUGGUUAGCGACAGCUACUGCAGAGAGAAGAGCCCUCCCUCCGUGCCUUACCACUACUUUGAGAAGGGCAAGCUGGAUGAGUGCCGCACUUACCUGGUUCAUGAGAAGGCACCUCGGGGUGCCCAUCGAUUUAUCACUGAGAAGGCGAUUUUCUCCCGCUGGGCCAAAAAGAAGUCCAUCAUCUUCACCCAUCCUUCCUGGCAGAGUGAGUAGGCCCCCUGAAGGACCGAGUCAUCCUCGAUCCAGACAGCAGGCCUGGGCUGGCCCAUCGCACUGCCUAUCUCAGAGCACAGCAGAGCCUGGCAUCCUGCACUGCCCCACUGGCCAAGGGAGUAGGAGGCUCUCGUGCUCCGUGGGAUAGACGGACUGGAGGGUUUCUGAUUUAUGACAUUCCUCCAGUCUCUGAACUCUGAACCAAACUGGGAGAAAUAAGGGAGGCUUUUGCCCCCUCUCCCACAGUAAUUUUUUUUUCCUGUUUUUAAGGAAACCUACCUUGAACUUUUGGAAGUUGGUCAUUUACUUGAACUUGGAAUCCACUGGGAUCCCAAGGGGACUUGUGGACACUACUGGGGUCUAGAGGAGGCCGGUGCUUUGGUGUUAGGGCCUGGUCUGGACCCUCCCUACUCUCUCCCAGCGUCCCAGAGGUCCUGAGGGCAGGGAAUUGGGCUUCUGAGAUGGGGUGGCUAUUAACUUGAGUGAACAAGCAUUCUGCAGCAGAAGGAGCUGGCGGGGGUGGGGCCAAGGAGACAGAGUCCCCUCUUCUCACUGGCUUCUUCUCCCAUCUCCAUCUCCCUUCAUCAAGAGGGGCAUCAGGAAACCUUAGUGUGACCUUGAAUCUGGGUCAGGCAGAGGUCAAAAUGGGCACUUUUUUGUGUCUCUUCACCAGCAUAGUGGGAUUUGACUCCAACCAGGAGAAAACUCAAGGGUUAUCUCCUCUAGGAAGCCUGCUUUGGUGCCCCCACGUUCCCCCUACUCCCCAAGUCUCCUCAGCUCUUGCUUCGUGUCCCCCUUUGUCCUGGAAAGCAGAGUAAUUAGCAUUAGGCCUACUGGCUUUCCUUGAUGGGCAAUUCAGAUAGGUGGCUGGAAGGUCCAAUAAGAGCAGGUUACCGGAUGUUGAGAAUGCUCACUAGGGAGCAAAACUCUGUAGGUAGCAAGACAGGCAGCUUUAAAAACUUCUCUCCCUCCCCUCCCCAGGGUCAUAAGGUCACAGGACUUAGAGCUGGAAGGAACUUAGAUCUUCUAGUGCAGCCCUCUCCUUUUAUAGCUAAGGAACUAAAAAAGCUUAGUGUGACUUUUCUAAGGUCACACAGCUAGUAAAUGGCAAGAGGCAGGAUUCAAACCCAGGACUUCUGACUUUAUCAUGGGACCUCAAGGAAUCCAGCAUUCCCCUCAGACUGCCCAGUGGUCAGAGAGGCACAGGGGAUAAAAAUUCUUCAGUUGAGGGCACCUCCUUCCUGAUGAAUAAUUCCUGUAAUGACGAUAGCUGAUACCUGUGUCAUGCUGCAAAGCACUUGACACUCAUCAUCUUGUUGGGUUUUUGUUGUUGUUGUUGUUUGUUUUGUUUUAUUUCUUUCUUUUUUUUUUUUCAUCGUCAUAUUGUCGCCUCACAACAGCCCUGUGAGGUAGGUGCUGUGAGCUAGGUCUCCAUUUUACAGAUGGGGGAACAGAGGCUCAGAGGAAUACAGAUAAGGCCCCACACCAGCCUCACAUCAUCCAGCUCCCACAGCCAGUAAGUUUCAGGGAUGGGGCUUUGAACCAAAGUCAGUCUGACUGCAAGUCAACCAUUCAGCUCAUUCUACCAGCCAGUCUCUUUGGGAAAGCUCCUAACCCCUGGGGCCAGCAUACCUGUCUCUGGAGGUAUCAUAGGAUUGAAGCUAGCAGGGCUCUGAGGUAUGGUCUGGUCCCACCCUCUCAUUUCAUACAUGAAGAAAGUUGGCAUCAUACAGGGGAAAUGACUUUCCCAAGGUCCCACAGCAGAACAGCAGGUCAAGCCCAGUGCUCUUCCUCCCACAACUCACUAUGGACCAUCAAGGCUUCCCGGGCUGUUGUCCCCUGGGAACUACACAGUCAGGGCUGCUUUGUUUGGCCAAGCAUCCCGACAUCCUGAUGUUGCUGCUGUUUAGACUUGUUGUUUCCCUUGCUGUGGGCCUGUAACUGCACCCCAGACUGUGUGGGUCAAGGGGUACCACAUAGCAUUUGGGGUUCAGAUUCCUAGUAUGAAGAGCCCAGUUCCCUGCGGUGAAAAUGAGGCCUCAAAACCCCAUGAUAAAGAAUUCAGUCCCUGACAUGACACUGCUAAAAAGGACCUUAGAGAUCAUCUAAUUCAACCAUCCCUCAUUUGACAGAUGAGGAAACUGAGGCCCGAAGUGACUUGCCCAAAGCCACACGGGCAAUGUGUAGCAGAGCCAGAAUUUAAACCCAGGUUCUUAGACUUCAAAGCUAGUGUUCUUUCCAGUGUAUACCACAGCUGCCUCCACCUCCUCACCCGUGUUGACCCAGGAAGUGCUAUUCAAAUUCAGAAGCUCUCUCAAACACGUGUAUGUCCCAGACAGGGGCUAAACUCCAGCCACCUCCCAUGAAGGGGAAAACUCUGGAAACUUCCCAGAAGCUGACUUCGUCAGUCAAUCAGACCAAGAGCUGAAAGGAUCCCUUUGAUUUACCAGUGUCCCCUCCCUUGAGUUACAAAGUGUCCUUGGAUCAAAUACCAAAGCGAUUUGUCAAUAAAGUCACUUUGAA